AAGACUACGUAGUAUGAGGAUCAAACAAAAGCUGAUUAUAGGGACACUCUAAAUUUAGCUGCGUCAUGCUCGAGAAUGACAGCUGCGGGUACACUGUUCCACUCUCGAAUAGCUGACGGGAGGCAAGAUUUGUUAAGUGCAAGUGUAGAGCCAUGAAGAUGUUGGACGCUUGUUGGACCAUUGUCACUGCUGAUGAAAAAUAUAUGAAGUAUUGCCCACAUUGAACUUUGUGUGCAGGCAUGUUAUGGGCUGUUUUCUCUUCAGUGCUCGUCACAGAUACUGACAUUAAAACUUUUAUUUCUGCAGGUGACCCUAAUGAAGGCUCCAGCUUUCAUCGUGCUGAAGCUGGUACACCAAGGGAUGCCACAAACUGGUCCCACGCUGAGGUUCUUCUUUUGAUUGCAAGCUACUAGCGUCACAUACUAGAUUUUCAUGACAGGAAGAAAAAGAGUAAAUAUAUUUGGAUUCAAAUAAGCACAGAAAUGAGGGAGCGCGGCUAUUUGAGAACAGCCUCUGAUUGCGAGACAAAAUUUAAAGGUCUAAAAAGAACCUAUGAUAAACAUCGGCAACACAAGCGGAAGAGCGGAAGGGAUAGGAAGGAGGGGCCCUUUUACAGGGAGAUGGAGAACCUGUUGCCUUCAAGUGCAGAGUACCAAGCACCAAUUUCAUCUAGUAUGCCUACGCAGCCCUCCACAUCAGCCACGUCACCUGUUGGUGUACAGCUCUCGGGACCGGCUCAGGAAUCUCAUGGAGCCACUGGUGAGAAUACUGAUGGUUUUUCUGAUGAGCGUUGCUCCCAACACAAUGCGGCACAAGUUGCUGCCAAGGCAAAACGCCGUAAAACACCAGCAACUCUGUUGCAAGACAUCCUGAGCAACAUGGAGGCAUGGCAGGAUGAAGAACGCCAACGUUACAAGCAGCAACUGAAAAUGCAAAGAAUGAAGCUGAAAAUGCUAAAGCGCAUUGCGGACAGCACCAUUUAAGAUGUUUAUUAAUCAAAUCAGUUAUUUUCUGGAGUUAAUUAAAAACAGGAACACUAUUCUUUUUUCGGCUUGCGUUACUGCCAGCAGCCUAGGUGUCUGACUGUGGAAUGCACACUCAGAAUGU